UAAAAAGAAAGAAGCGAGCCAGGGCGAAAACCCAUUAGGAGCAGUGGCCUCGGAUUACGAUUCUGGAGAAAACGGCUGGAAAGCAUUGAGUCUGGUUGACAACACCCGCAACUUGCGAUAUCAGUUAGUUCCAACGACUGCCUAGGUGGUUGAUAAUGGCGGUGGAAAGUAUGCCGCCUGCCGGCGAGUCUGUCAUCAUAGACGAUGACCAUGAGCAAGGUGAAAAGCACAAUGAUCAUGAUGCCGACAAUGGAGAGACAGAAGAGACAGAUGAAGAAGAAGAGCACGAGCAUGGCGAGGAAGACGAAGACGAGGACGGAGUUGAAGAAGCAGACCACGACGACGAAGACGACGCAACGGCCAGCGACUCCAACUCCAACUACUCGUCCGCCUCGGAAGACGCCCUCCCCCCGAUCCACGAGUACGGCCACGUCUACCACGGCUCGGGCCGCAUGGUGACGCCCAACGACCCGUGCGAGAACCAGCGCCAGGCCUAUCAGCACGAGCUCUUCACGCUAUGCCUCGGCGGCGCCCUGACCUUUACCAAGCUGCCCCUCGAGCACCUGAGCCCGGACAGCCCGCGCUUCCAUAUCCUUGAUGUCGGUUGCGGCGGAGGCCACUGGGGCAUGGAGAUGGCCCAGAGCAACCCGCUGGUCGACGUGCUGGGCAUCGAGCUGAGCAGCGCAAACCUGCCCAAGGAGGUGCCGCCCAAUCUGACGUUUGAGAUUGCCGACGCCGCCGAGGACUGGCCGCCGCGCCUCUACGACUUUAUUCAUCUGCGCAACCUCGUGGGAGGCGGUAUUCGUGACUGGCGCCGCCUCAUCGUCCAGGCGUUUGACCACCUCAAGCCGGGGGGCCAGCUCGAGUUCACAGAGGUCACGCCGCUCUUCUUCGGCGUCGAUCCGGACCCUACGUCCGAGUCGUCCGACGAUGCCGGCACCGACGCCGAGAGAGAAGAGCAGGCGGACACGGAGCAGCGGCCCCGGGCGGCCCUCGGCGCGGCGACGAUCGAGUACGGCGCCGUCUUCGCCGAGAUUGCCGCCGCUCAGGGCAUCGACUUUGACCCUACGCCAAAGGUGAGGCCGUGGCUGCGCGAGCUGGGCGCCGAGAGCGUGCGCGAGCGGUCCGACUGGAUGCCGGUGCGGAACUGGGCUCGGGAUCCUGUGGUGAGGAAGAAGGGCGAGAUUCUAUACAAGAUGCUCGAGACGGGUGAGUUCAUGUUGUUCCUCUUGCGAUGGGCCACUUUUGAACUCUUCUGACGCUGUAAUAUUCCUUUAGGAUGUAAUCAUUGGACGCUGAGAAUGUUUGGCCUCGCUGGCUGGGAGGAAGCAAAGACGCGCGAGCUGCUGGCCAGGGUGAUGAAAGAAUAUGACGACCCGCUCCUGAGGAGUUGUAUCAAAGUGUAUGUAUAUCGUAUUGCUGCUGUCUUUGCAUGAUGCUGACACUUUCAUGAUAGAACAUUUAUAUCGGCGAGAAAGCCCGGCGGCAAAAGUACCAAAGCGAGGACCGUGGAAAAGACACAAUGAACGGCCUCUGCGAAUCAAGAAGCAUCCAGACGAUAUAUAUAUAUAUAUAUACCCCUUUGAUCUCUCGAGCGAUUCUCGGC